GCAACGUCUCUGCCUGCCUUUGAGACCUCAGGGGGGGACCUCAUACUGGGUCUUCGCGAGUCGAUAUGUGGAAUUGCAGAUGAUCAACAGCCAUACUCCAUCAGUUACUUUGGUCAAAAAAGUACCUUCCCGUAGCCGACGACAUUGAAGACCUGGAAAUGGCAGCAUGUAUUCUCGGCUACGAGGGGAAAGAGAAGAGCGCACAUCUUGGGAGGCCACGCGUUCUGAUCAGCGAAGGCUUGUGACAUACAGCUUGGAUGACGAUGAUGCAUCGGUGGGACGUCUUGCACAAUCCGGAGACUUUUGCACGAGAUGAAUGUAGCGGAGGAGGGAGUGGAUAUAAAGGACCUCACAGCGCUGAAAACCUUAAAGUCUUCAACUGCAUCACAUCGCAACAAUGUACGGCCGCAACCAGAAUCCGGAUGGCACCCCAAUCAACACCGCCGUGUUUCUCAAUACUCGCACCAACACCAAACUCAAGCGAGACCUCUCCCGAGCUGAUUUCGAAUCGUUUGUGUCCGCCGUGAUCGAGACCAAGUUCCAACGCCUUGUGCCCGCGUUCGCCCUACGUGGGGGGUGGGAGCGCUGGUUCCACGCCGAGCUGUGCCUCCUCAUCAACAACUCCACCCAGGCCCCAGGGUACUAUGCCGACCGCGAGCCCCCCGUGUACGCCGCGUCGGGAUACGCGGACAUCGCGUUCGAGGACCCGGUCACUCAUGUUGCGUCGCAUGUUGUGGAGAUCAAGUGCGGGCUGAACAGCGCGACGCCUGCGCAGUCGAACAAGCGCGCGGCCCAGGACAUGGUCAAGCUUGGCGGGGAUCCCAAGACGGGCAAAGCUACGCAGCUCAAAGUCAAGUACGAGGAGGCAGCGAGGAUCGUUCUUCUCCUCAUCGUGGACGACGCGGUGCCGGACACAACCCAGUGGGAUGCCAGCAACACGAUCUCCCGCCUCUGUGCUUUCGACAACAAGCUGCAUGUCGUCUCAUAUUAUAUCCGCUACCUGCCGGAGAAGCUCCGGGUGGCCGUCCAGUGAACAAUUAUUGCUUCCUCAUUGUCUAUCCGGCAUGUCUCAGAUACUGUUCGCUAUAGCUUGUCUCCUAGCAACACACGUCUUGAAAACUUGAUGCUCUACAUCUUCGACACUGUAUGCUCUAACAUCGUGAACAAUUUAUGCUCUAUUUCUUCCAUGCAAA